AUGCUGGAAUUGGCUGAUAGGGAACGUUUGGCUAAGGCAGCUGCCGAAGAAGCAGAACGCGAGUUGCGCAAACAGCGACUAGCCAGCAUUAUGUCUCGAGUCAAGCCGAACACUUCACAAGCUAAUCUUACUUUAAACAGUGGUGCCAGCAGUACCUCAAGCCUUAUUGCCCCAGUUUUACCUUUCACUACGACUGUUGAAUCAGCAGCAAUUAAUCCUGUUGCCACCGAUAUUGGAAUUGAUCCGAUGAUGUUGGCAUCAGAGAAGGCUACUUAUCUGGGAGACUCAAGUCUUAUCCCAACUCCAGCAACCACUCCAACUGCCACGAACUCAAUACAAGCCUUCUCGACUGGCCAUUUUGCGGAAGCAGAGGUUGUCCCUAUCGAGGAAUGCAAAAGCAAUCUUUCGGGCCAGCCAGCCAAAUCGGAAGUCUCCUUAGAGGAUGAGGGCAUUAGCUCUAUGAUCGCGACGACGCCGGCUACAUCAACUUCGGCGGCGGGAAGGAGCACCGAUGCUUGGGGAUCCGAUAGUGGUGCUGCCUCCGUCCAGGAAUUUGGUGGUUUAGGAUACUCUCAAGAUAUAGCCCACCCAGGCAAAGCAGCUGUGACUGUUGACUGGGUGAGUAAAAUCAGCCCCUUGGCUUACUAA